AUGCCAUUAAGAAACACAAUGCUAGUUCUUGCACUUAGGGAAGUCAUUCUUCUGCUUUCUUGUGAUCCUGCUCUUUUGAAGAAGACUACUUCCUCUUGCGCUCUAUCAAGCAAGAUGUCAAUGGGGACGCAGCCCAGAAAAGGCUGGCUCAAGCUUGAGGGAGCAUUCUUGUUCACAAUUCCUUACAAAGUGAAGCAAAAUCAUAAAGAAGAUGCAACCCAAAACAGCCUGCAUAACUUGUUUAAUAACAAUAAUAUGGUGGCAGUUGUUCUUGGAAGAGAGUGCUUCUGCUUCAGAAGGACAAUUCAAUCUGCUGAAUUCAGGAUGCAACCAAUACAACGUCACCAACUUCUGAGAAUUCAGCAGCAAUCUGAACUCAACCUUUCUGCAACUGAGAGAGCUGCUGAUGAACAGCGACAGCAAAUAUUUUGCGACAGCUCAAAAGGAAGUACCUUUCCUCAGCUGACUGCUUGGCUUGCUUUGAAGCUGCUCUAUCCCGAAUCCGUCAUUGCUCUUCCAAUGGUGCCAAUGUCAUCUACGAUGGCUGUUUCCUCAGGUGAAAGACGAGGCUCGCUGAAUUGGAAACAGAGAUAUGAUAUUAUUCUAGGCACUGCUAGAGGCCUUACGUUUCUGCACGAAGAAUUUUACGUAUGCAUCAUCCAUCGUGAUAUAAAGUCUAGCAGUAUCCUUCUGGAUGAUGAUUUCCAACACAAAAUAGCUGAUUUUGGGUUAGCAAGACUUUUACCAGAGGAUAGGAGUCAUUUGAGCACCAAAUUUGCUGGAACACUGGGAUACACAUCACCAGAGUAUGCCAUCCAUGGACAACUAUCAGAAAAGGCUGAUAUCUAUAGCUAUGGAAUUGUUGUCCUUGAAAUUAUUAUAAGUGGUCAAAGGAGUCAUGAGACCAACGCCGAACCUGAUGCUGAGUUUCUCCUCAAAAAGGAUGCAGCCAAUACAACGUCACCAACUUCCGAGAAUUCAGCAGCAAUCUGA